AUGCGUUACGUUUCCGCUUACUUGCUCGCCGUUCUCGGAGGAAACGCCAACCCAAAGGUUGAUGACCUCAAAAACAUCCUCAGCGCUGUUGGAGUUGAUACUGAUGCCGAAACCGCCAAGCUUGUUGUCUCCAGACUUCAAGGAAAGACCAUUGAGGAGCUUAUCGCUGAAGGGUCAGCAUCCCUCGUUUCCGUGUCCGGAGGAGGAGCUCCAGCCGCCGCUUCUGCUGCCCCAGCUGCCGGAGGAGCUGCCCCAGCCGCUGAAAGCAAGCCAGCCAAGAAGGAAGAGCCAAAGGAGGAAUCUGAUGACGACAUGGGAUUCGGACUUUUCGACUAA